AUGGCGAUAAUAGAAAUAUUACUAACUUCGCUGGCUGGAUCUUAUGUAUUGGUGCAUCUAUCCUAUCUUUCGGCGGUUGCAAAAUCGCCGAUUGCGCAAUACGCAAUCGGUUUCCCGGGGUUGGCAAUCCUCCAGGGUUUGGUAUACACAAUUUAUCAUUGGUUGAUAUAUCCGCAUUUUGUCAGCCCUUUGAGAAAAAUACCUGGACCAAAGGAACCUAGCUUUUGGAACGGCCAUGGAAAGCAAAUUGUAGCGACACAGACUGGAGAGCCGCAUAAACUUUGGAUAAAGGCCAUGCCAAAAGAAGGAUUAAUUUACUACAAAGGUCUCCUAAACCGUGAAAGAGUUCUACCAACCACCCCGAAGGUCCUCGCGGAGGUCCUUAAUAGCCAGUCCUACAUCUUCGUAAAACCUCAGUUUUUUCGAUUCUCCCUUCGCCUGCUUGGAAAUGGCAUUCUCAUGGCUGAAGGCGACGAGCACAAGCGACAGCGAAAGAUUCUUACCCCGGCCUUUCACCCUCGUCAUCUGCGCUCACUCUUCCCUCUUUUCUGGUCCAAAACCCAGGAGAUGGUAGACUUGAUCACAGCUGAAAUCCAAUCCUCUGACGCUCCAGAUCCAAUCAUCAACUUCAACAGCUGGGGGUCACGAUGUACUCUUGAUAUCAUUGGGAAAGCCGGCGCAGGAAUAGAUUUCAACGCCAUGAAAGAUCCAGACAAUGACCUCUUCAAGAUAUACCAGAAGGUUUUCACACCAACUACAGGACAGUUAUGGAUGGCUAUCUUGAAUCUUAUUAUGCCGCUCUGGUUCAUGCAGAAUCUACCUGUCAAGGGUGUUAGAGAAGUUUCACAAGCUAAGGAUUUUAUCAUGAAGGUUUGCUUGGAUAUGAUUAAGACUAAGAGGGCACAAAUGGCGGAGAAGAAGCCGAUGCAUCCAGAUAUCCUUUCUAUCAUGAUCGAAGAAGGCUCCCUAUCCGAUGAAGAAAUGCAAAAUCAACUCAUGACCUUCAUGGCCGCCGGCCACGAAACCACCGCUGCAGCUGUCUCAUGGUCCGUCUGGGAACUCUCCCGCCGCCCCGAAGUUGCAGAACGACUAAGGAAUGAAAUCCGUGCCGCCAUACCUGUCUUUGAUUCCGACUCAGUCACAAUGGAACAAAUUGAGAGCAUCCGCUACCUCCGCAACUUCACCAACGAAAUCCUAAGAUUCCACCCUCCAGUCCCAGUUACGAUCCGUGAAGCCGAAAGAGACACAACACUGAACGGUGCCUUCAUUCCGAAGGGUACAACAGUAAUGCUUAUGCCAGCUGUAAUAAACCACUCGGAGGAACUCUGGGGACCUGACGCCGCGGAGUUCAUUCCGGAAAGAUGGGAUAAGCCAGGUGGAAACGGCGGAGCCGCCAGCAACUACGCCAACUUGACGUUUUUAAUGGGUCCCAGAAGCUGCAUUGGACAGAAAUUUUCAGUUGAAGAAUUCAAGGCUAUCAUAGUUGGAUUGGCCGGGAGAUUCGCUUUUGAAGAGAAGACAAAGGAUAUGGAACUGAACGUUAGAGGUGGAAUCACGCAACGACCAACGCACGAAGGAAUCUUGCCACUGAGAACGAGGGUUGUGCCAGGCUGGUAG